GCAGACGCCUAACCAAGCCCUUUGAUCCCAGAGCAGGAGAAAGUCACCGUAAUCGAGAAUGGUGAGAUCCGCAUCAACGGCAAAGGGAAGAAAAUGCGCAAGCCCCGCACCAUCUACUCCAGUCUGCAGCUCCAGGCACUCAACCAGCGCUUCCAGCAAACCCAGUACCUGGCCCUCCCGGAAAGAGCGGAACUGGCGGCGCAGCUGGGGCUGACCCAGACACAGGUCAAGAUCUGGUUCCAGAACAAACGCUCCAAGUACAAGAAGAUCAUGAAGCAGGGCCCCAGCGUUCAGGAAGGGGAACCCCUCCACAGCUCCUCCUCCUUGUCCCCCUGCUCACCCAGCCUGCCCCCGCUCUGGGACGUGUCCAUGGCGGGCAAAGUAGCCCCGCUCCCUCCCAACAGCUACUCCUCUCCUUGUUGCAGGUCAAGAUCUGGUUCCAGAACAAACGCUCCAAGUACAAGAAGAUCAUGA